CUGAUAACAAUUGGAAAAGGUUAGAAUUACGGUUUUCGACUUGUAUUAAACUUUCAGAGGGGAUUAUAACUAACUUUAUUAUUGUAUUUUUCAGUUGCAGCGUUCCAUCUAUUUAUACUUGUGGUGAUGGUUCUAGCAUUCCUGAUUUGGAAGAGAAGAAAAGCAAAUGCUCUGAGAAAGCAGAACCUCGAGGCGCUUGUAACCUCGAGACGUUAUAGUUAUGGAGAAAUGAAGAAAAUUACAAAAUCAUUUACAGAAGUAGUUGGAGUACGAGGAGAAUUUGGAACUGUAUAUAAAGGGAAGUUCGAUGGUCGUAAGGUUUCUGUGAAGGUCUUGAAAGAUUCAAAGGGAAACUGUGAAGAUUUCAUCAACGAAGUCGCAAGCAUGAGCCAAACAUCUCAUGUUAACAUUGUUACUCUGCUUGGUUUCUGCUAUGAAGGAUCCAAAAGAGCAAUUGUGUAUGAAUUUGUAGAGAAAGGGUCUCUGGAUCAGUCGUUGAAUCUUGAUGUGAGUACACUAUAUGGAAUCGCGCUAGGCGUUGCUCGGGGAAUAGAAUACUUGCACUAUGGCUGCAAAAAAAGGAUUGUGCAUUUUGACAUUAAACCACAGAAUGUACUGUUAGAUGAAAAUCUCAAACCCAAAGUUGCUGAUUUUGGCCUCGCUAAGCUCUAUGAGAAGCAAGAAAGCAUCUUAUCAUUGCUUGAUACAAGAGGAACUAUAGGAUACAUUGCUCCAGAACUGUUUUCAAGAGUUUAUGGGAAUGUAUCUCACAAGUCGGAUGUGUACAGUUACGGAAUGUUGGUUCUUGAGAUGAUCGGAGCAAGGAACAAAGAAAGAGUCCAAAACGACAACAAUAGCUCGGCGUACUUCCCAGAUUGGAUAUACAAGGAUCUUGAAAAUUUUGAUAACGCAAGGCUUCUUGGUGAUGGACUAACCCAAGAGGAAAAAGAUAUAGCGAAAAAGAUGAUCUUGGUGGGUCUAUGGUCUAUUCAGUUCUGCCCAUCAGACCGUCCAUCAAUGAACAAAGUUGUAGAGAUGAUGGAAGGAAGUUUGGAUUCUCUUAAUCCCCCUCCUAAGCCUCUUUUACAUAUGCCAAUACAAAAUAUUGCAGAGUCAUCUCAGCCAUCAGAGGAGGAAAGCUCAAUUUACUCAGAAGUAUGAUUCUUUGACUGUUGGGAAUAUUUAUAUUUUUGUAUGAUGAUGUUGGAGUAAAUUUUAUUUUAUUCCAGUCCAAAACUAAUUAAAUCUGAAGAAGUUGUUUGAUAACAAUAAUGAAGCGCAAAAUAAAACAAGAAGAAG